CAUAAAGUUGACUUUCUCGUCGUGGUUCGAAGUUACUUCCCGAGGUGCUGUAGCACGCUGUUAAUAGACAAACAAUUCACAAGAAGCAUCUAUACAUGGAUAGUCAAAGACAAUCCAAUAGGGCCGUCGAAAGUAUGCUCUGUCAGUGGGACGGUUGCGGUCAGGCCUUCAAUACGCAGCUGGAUCCCUGGAUACAUAUAACGCAAUGCCAUUUUUCUCCUUCUCGCCAUGAAUGCUCUUCUUGCAACAAAGUUGUGAAAGGGUUCGCGGAGGCACACCUUCAUGCUAUCAGCCAGCAUCAAAUUGCAGUGUCGAACGAGCAUUGGACUUAUCGCGACGGUGAAGAGUGUUUCCUUGACUUUCGGGAUGGACCGGGUUCCAGGGUUUUGUGCUUCUUCUUGAUCCUUUCCGAGGAAGUUUAAGGGAAUUGCAGUGGUGUACUUGUUUGUUUUCAAUUUUGUGAGAAUGUCUUGCCUUCGCCUAUAGUCAAAAGUGUCGUGGUGCAAAAGGAAGCUUGAUUCAUCUUAUUUCAAAG